GGAGUGCACUGUCCUACGUGCACUAUGUGAAUCUCCAUCCCUUGCUGGGGAUGAGGGCUCAAUGUGGGAUGGGCAUGGAGGCACUUGGGGCUGAUCCAGGGGGACCUAUCCUUGAGCACAGGCUGGAUUCUGAGGGACUGGGAAGUGAAUUCCUUAGAGAUCCCUCACCAUGAGGAAGAGAAAUGAAUGGGAAGAGUCAAAUUGCUUCAUUAGGGUGAUGCCAGGAGGCCAUAGCAUCAGACCCAACGGCACGGGGUUCUGGCAUUACAAACCCUGCAAUAUCCAUCCAACAAAUGCCCAAACUUCAGACCUCCUCCAGGUUCUUUUAAUUCUAUUUUCAUCCGGAAAAAAAAAAAAAGAAGGGAAAAUAAAGCCCUCCCACACACGGGAGCCCAAGACUAUUAACAAGAGCCCACCACUCAUCACAAGAGCUGCUUAAAGAGCAGCGAGCCGUGUUUACCAGCAUUCUGGAAACGAGCGUGAGAGCACACGUUAAAAUCCUAAUUAAAGGUAAAACCUUUCUCCUCCUACUUGCGCUGCCCGGCGUGGCGGCUCCAGCUGUUCCAGAUGUGCCCUCAGGUCUCCUACACGGAGACGCGUCCCGCCCGAGCACUCACCCCACCAGCCCAACGGGUUUCACUUUCAGAAAUAGGAAGUUGGUGGCAUUGAGCUCCCAGACUCGUGCAGGGUCGGGAAGGAGGCGGAGAACUGCAGGGCGCUGCGGUGCCGGACCGACGGCAUGAGCUCCCCGCCCGCCCCUCGUUGUGACUUUGGGAAGCGCUGGGGAAUAGGAGCGUGGUGACAUCCAGGCACCGCAUCCUUCAGGGAUGGAGCAGUUUGUCCGCAAGCGUUUGACCUUCUUGACAUCGUUCUGGAAUAAGCUGUGGCCCCGCUCCAGUCCGGAUAGCUGCUCGCUGGGGUACUUUGGUUCUGAUUCUGUUUCGCUGCACUCGGAGCCCAGCUGCGUUUCCUUCAUCCCAAAGUCUUCUCUCUUUAUCGCUUUGUACGCUUUCACGGCCCGCAGUGCAGAUGAACUGAGUGUAAACGCAGGGGACAAACUGCGUGUCCUCAGAGAAGAAGGGGACUAUGUCUUAGCCAGGAGGCUGCUGGGGGAACCAGCCACAGGCUACGUCCCUGCUGCGUACGUGGCCAACCUCAGCCAGGGCACCUCUGCUCACCGGCCGUGGUAUUUCAGCAAGAUCAGCCGCAAUGAGGCUGAGCAGCUGCUCCUCUCUCCUCCCAACCAGCAUGGCUCCUUCCUUGUCCGGGACAGCGAGAGCAGCAGGGGCGAGUACUCCCUCUCAGUGCGCAACCACACCAAAGUCAGCCAUUUCCGCAUCUGCAAGAGCCCCGCGGGCAGCCUGUACAUCCAGAGGGGUCAUCCCUUCCCCAACAUGGAGGAGCUGCUCGCCUUCUACACCGAGAACUGGAAGGUCAUCCAGAGCCCCUUGCUGCAGCCCUGCAGCCCCACGACACCCCCAGAGAGGGAUGGCUGGGAGCGCCCGCGUUGGGAGUUCACCCUGAGGAGGAAGCUCGGUGAGGGUUACUUCGGAGAAGUGUGGGAAGGACUGUGGAGAAACACAGUGCCCGUGGCCAUCAAGAUCAUCAAAGCUGACAUGAAGGCAGAAGACUUCACCAAGGAGAUUCAAAACCUGAAGCGCUUGAGGCAUGAAAAGCUGAUCCAACUGCACGCUGUCUGCUCACUGGAUGAACCUGUGUACAUCAUCACCGAGCUCAUGCGGAAAGGCAACCUGCACAGCUACCUCAACAGUCCUGAAGGGAAGUCCCUGGGCACCUCCCACCUGCUCAACAUCGCCUGCCAGGUGGCAGAUGGGAUGAGGUACCUGGAGGAGAAGCACAUCGUCCACCGAGACCUGGCAGCCAGAAACAUCCUGGUUGGAGAGGAGCUCACUUGUAAAAUUGCUGACUUUGGACUGGCCCGGCUCCUCAAGGAUGACAUUUAUUCCACCAGCAGCAGCACCAAAAUCCCAGUGAAAUGGACAGCCCCUGAAGCAGCCAACUAUCGCACCUACUCCCUCAAAUCCGAUGUCUGGUCCUAUGGCAUUCUGCUCUAUGAAGUCUUUACAUACGGGCAGAUCCCAUAUGAAGGAAUGACAAACCAAGAAACCAUACGACAAAUCACCAGGGGUUACCGCCUUCCCCGGCCCAGCCCCUGCCCCCCUGAGAUUUACAGCAUCAUGCUGGAGUGCUGGAGUGGCAACACAGAGGAGCGACCCACCUUCAUGGCACUGCGGGAGAAGUUGGGCUUCAUCUACAGGAGGCUGUUCAACACUCUGUCCUGAGGGACCUUCCCACCCUUCCUGCAAAACUCCCUUUGGGCCAGCUCUUGCCAAACGGCUCCUUCUUUAUGGUUGCCCUCCCAUAGGACUUGAAGGAAAGCACAUCUCAUCAACCCCCCCACCCCAUACCCAUAAAAAAAAACAAAAGAAAAACAAAAAACCAGCCCCUGGACCCUCUUGGUGAGAAUGCAGGGAGGUGGCCAAGGGAAAAGGCAAUGAAGUGUGGAGUAUUCAUUACUGGAGCUUGGCUGCACAGCAGUCUUGGAAAGCUCUGUGGUAGUGAAGACAUCGCCCAGUUCACAGCUCCAUUCAGCCAGUAGGGUGGGAGGUUCCUGCCAUCCCCACACCAACAUGAAGGUUUGCAGUUUGUUUUCAGUUGUGGCUCUGCUUGGUUUUCUUGUAGUGUGUGUCCAGUGUCCUUGUCAAUAAAUGUGUGUGCCUCCAUCCAUGCUGCCUUCUGCAUGCUAUAGAACCAUGAAGAUUGGAAAAGACCUUCAAGACCAUCCAGUCCAACGCCAUCCUACCCUGCCAUGCCCACUAACCAUGUCCCUCAGGGCCAUAUCUCCAUGUUUUUUGAACUCCUCCUGCAGGUACGGGGACCCCACCACCUCCCUGGGCAUGGUGGGGAUGGGUUGGUAGUUGGAAUAGAGGUAGCACUGCAGGUAAGACUGCUUCACCCUGUUUUGCUGCAAUGCAGAGGCACUUUUUGCUGUGGUUUUCUAAGGCUCCAUGGCUCCUGCAAAUACAAAGCCAUGGUAUUACUGCUGCAGGGAGAACUACCAUAGUGGGAUGAGGGGUGUUUUGGUGAGCAAAGGGGAUUGAAGAUGCUGGAAAAUAGCCAGGUCAAGUUUGGGAUUUAGGAUCACAGUUGUGGCUCUUCUGCUUAGGAGCAGCUCUGAAAGUGCAUGGAUCUACCCGUGAUACAAAGCCAAGGGUUGCUCCCAUCAGCUCACAGAGCCCCUCAGUGCACAGCAUCACAGGCACCUCCUGAACCUCCUCCUUAUGAACCCAGGGGCACCAUUUGUUCCUUUUGCCAACUCCAUGCACACUCCCCAGGGCUGGGCUGACCCUGGCAGCACUGAAAGGGCCAACUGAAAAGCAGCAGUGGGAGCAAUGCCAAAGUGCAGGGACAGCAGGGGUGGAGUGUAUGAAAUUAAAAAGUUUAAGCACUGCUCUCUUCAUGUUAGAAACAGCCACGCUGUGCAAAACAGCGGAAAAGAAUCCAGUGUUAAUUGAGCAAGGCUUUGUGAUCAGGGGCUCGGAAAGGGGAGUUUCAGAGUGCAAUACUCAGGAGCUGUGAUGCUCCUGUGUUGUGUCCAUGUCCAGAGAAUGGUGCAGCUCUGUGAUGCACAUUCUGACUGGAAUUGACAUUCCCACCUGGGAAAAUCAACCCAUUGGUUUUGCUGUGGUGUUUGCCAAUGGUUGCAAGAGGAAACUUUCAUCUUGAAAAGCAUUUUGGAGUCUGAUGGUGCACUUACUUACAGCCCAGUCUAAUGUGAAGCUAAAGUUUGAAGCUGCAUUUGAUAGGUGAUGGAUUUAUUGCAUGCCAGGAAGGUAGUGGGAUGUGUGCAUGGCAGGACAGAUUAUAGGCAUGCAGGCCUUGCUGCCACGAGGUGGUGCUAAAAGUGAAGCAGAAGCUGCUCGGAACGUUCAAGAUUGCAGGUUGCAGCCUACAUGCAUUCAUCCUGCAUGCAGCUGUACUGCAGCAGCAAUGUCACAGUGCAGAGAGGGAAUGAGGGGACAUGAGAACAUGGCCAAGCUGGCAGCGCUCACAGCAGCUUCUCCUUCCUCCUCUGCAGCUGCUGCGCUGCUUGGUUUUGUUUCCAGCUUUGUCUGCUGGGUUCUGGCAUCUUUCUGAGUUUAUAUUUGCACUUGGAUUGAAGCCACAGCUGGAGCAGGACUUAUAUUUUCUUCUCUCACAGGAUCUCAGCCUCAUCUCCCACCAGAGCUGGAGAUGUAAUGGGGGAUCAGGCUGUGCUCCAGCUGCAGGGGUCCUGUUCCUUUCCAAAUUGCCAUAGGGUGGGCACUGCAGAUGUGUUAUUAGCAGCAUCCACUGCUCUGGUCUCAGCCUGGCACGUACCCAAAUUGUGGAUCCAUGUUGUCCAAGUGGCAUUUGGAAACAGUGCCAGACUAAGGCAACGUACGUGAGCUAUGUGUCGUUUGUUCCUAUUUUUAACAUCCCACUUUUGCCUUUGUGAAGGGUCAGGGAGAAGCAAAGUUUCUGCAAGGAAAGAAAAAUAUCCCAAAGUUGUAAAAUGUAGGAAAUGAAAGCAAAUAUUUUUCAUGCUGGGCUUUUGCAGGAGCUCCUCUGACAGCAGAGGGAUGGCACGAGGGCAGUACUGAGGGGCCAAGGGCAAGCAGAAAGCACAAGCUAUUUUUGCUCAAAUAUGUGAGUUAAUCAACAGCCAAAAGGCUGAGUCCUGGAAAUUAGUAUGGGGCAGCAGGGUUAUAUGGGGACGUGCUCGUGGCCUUGCUCUGCAGCUGCCAAGUGAAGCAAGGAGCCCCUGCCCUAAAGAGCUGCUAUUAAAAAUACAACAAAUGUGAGUUAAAGCAGAGCUGUUCUUCUCUAUGGAAAUGAAAUCUGCGUGGAUAUAAGUGUCUCCUUGGAGCACAGCCUGGACAUGGAGCAGCAUCCUAUAUUGGGACAGCAGAGCCUCAAUGCAGACUUGCAUCAUUUCCCAACCCCUUCAAAUAAACAUUUCUCCGUUUGUGCUGCGGUUUUAAAGAGCCAACGAGAGCUUUUCCCCUGGGGGGUCAAACGGGUUUUUGCUGUUUGGCUGUACGGAGAGGGGAGUGGCUACGUGCUCUAUAUAAAGGGGGUGGAGGGGAUAAGCCCAGCAGCGCCGCGGCUCAGGCCGUGCGGAGCGGACCCGGGUGCUGCGCUCCCUCGGGCGGGGGGCUCCGAGCGGCCCCGCCGGGCCCCUUUACCCUCCCCUUCCUUCCUUCCUCUGGACCCCACUGGGCCCUAGUGCCGGCCAGGUUUUCUAUCAGCACAAACCCAGGACCCAGAGCCAUGGCCUCCAUCCCAUCGAGCGGCUCGUUGAUGGCCACACACAACUAUCACCGAAGUAAGAACGGAGCACAUCAGGGGGUGGAGAAUCACUGAGAGCCCACAGGAGCUCCUUGGCAAGGGGGAAGGGUGCCCGGCAGCUCUGACCAGCUGGGAAGCAGCCAUGCCAGCUCCUCUGUCUGUUAUAGGGUUAUAAGUUGCAGGGCAUUAUGCACUGCUGCUGUAGAGAUGAGCUGCAAAGGCACUCUGGGCCAUGGCAGCCAAUGGUGCCUCUCUGGGGGUGGCUUUGUGCUCCAAGGGAAUUGACAUAUUUCUUUUGAGCUCAAAUUAGGAACAGGCUUACAGCAGUUGGGCUAAAGCUAUGGAGAUUAAGUGCAGGAAUCAGCAACCUCUUGGCCCUGAGACAUCUGUAAAGGCUUCUGAAGUGUUCUUUGCAAUGCCAAGCUGUUAAAUAACAUCCUUGGGGGCGGAAGUGUUUUCCUGUAGAAGUGUUCAGGUGUUUUGUGUUGGCCAACCUGCCAUCCCUCCAUGUUUCCUUCCUGGUAACUGCAGUUUCUCUGCAGGGCGUCUGAGCUCCACGUCCAGCAACAGCUCCUGCAGUAGCUCUGAGUAUGCUGGGGAGGUCAUCCCCCACCACCCGGGUCUGCCCAAAUCUGACCCUGGCCAGUGGUGGGCCAGUUUCUUCUUU